GUAAUGCAUAAGUGCGCAGAAGACACCGAAACGAUUCGAUGCGAAAUCGCAGUUUUAUUCACGAUCCCGCACUUAUACUAACUGCAAAAGGGGUCCAGUGGGGUGGGGAAUGCGCAAUAACGGUUGUACCUAAGAACAUCGACAUCAUAUUGUACUUACUCGGCUUACUCACAUUUUCCUUCAAAAUCUCUCAUCUACAUUCACAAAAAUUUAAUGUUGUUUGACCGUUUUAGUAUCGUCCAAUUAGUCCAACGUUAUCCAAUCCAUGUAGCUGUCGACUUUCUGCACGGUAACAUCAAAAAAUAAUCACAAAUAGUCACUGAAGUUUUCAAAACAUUUUUUACACUGUUUUCUUCGAACAUCUAUCUCGAAAAUAAAACUUUCAAAUCCAUAAUAAAGGCUGUUAACGUUUAACGCACGCACACUUUGGCGACUUGAUUCGCAUGGGUUGUCAACAGUAAUGUUUCACAAUAAAAAUUUUUCCUGAUAAUAAUAUUGCACUAACACAACCAUACUUUAGCAACCCCUAUAUAGUGUGAUGUUUAAAUAUGACGUCAUACAUGCAUUCAUUAGUUUGUUUGAUUACAACCCGUCAUUCCUCCCACCACCCACCAAAGUGCAUCUGUCGGGAGCUUGAAGUAGAACACCCUUUCGUGCCAUUUCAGAAUGAGCGCGUUGCGAUGAGUUUAUCGUCACUUGCGUGUCCCUGUGUAAUUUACUAAUUGUGUCGCAGUCGUAACUUAACUAGCCCGCUGUAUUUAAAUAUAUAAGGCAUUUAUAAUUAUUUAGAUUUGUCGUAUCGAUGUAGUAUUAAAUACUAUUUUGUGACUUAGUAUAUGCAACUUUUUCUGAAUUGGCAAGAAAGGGUACCCCCGUGAGAGGCAGGCGAAUCAACGGAGAACAAUGGUGACAUGUUUAUGGCAAAAUUUCAUGCACACAUAAAUGUGUAACAAUGACACAGAUUGAAAAUUGCUCGUUUUCUCACUUUUCGGAGAUAGAAUAAAAGCAAUUUAAUUUAAAUAUGUAUUUUGAAAGUCUAUUUAUAGUAAUUUAAUCUUUCAUAUUUAUAGUAAUUUAAUCUAAUUAGACAAUAUAUAUUUUGACCACUGUAUAUGCAAGCCUUUCAACUGUGUUGUGUUUACGUUUUCAUUCGUCAUUUUUAUCAGUCGACUCGACAGAAUUCUUUUUACUAAAAGUAAUUAAUUAUCCUUUCGCGGUUCGCGUUUUCGGUUCAAUGAAAAUAGGUCAUCAAAAAUUGUGGGGAACGAAAUCAUCUUUCACCUGACAGCCACGACAAAAAUUUUGGUUCCGCGGAGAAACUGAUACCUGGUGAUAACCUGGGGUGAUAACUAUAGGUUGCCACGAAAAUACACCCGGCCUGGACUCAACGAAGGCAACGAAGUCAUUAUGCUGAGGUUAUUCGGUAAAUCAGCCAUUCAGAUCAACCAACAAGUCAGGCAAAGAGGAUUUCAAGUGCGAGGACAACCCGGAACCUAUUCAAGCUGGGAGAUCUGCGGGCGCCGGAAAAAGAUUCAGGCAAGGUCAAUUAUGCCCAUCAUUUCGGAGCCGGAACAGUGUUUACGACACGGAACGGAAGGAGGUGCGUAAAUCGGCAUGAACCAGAAAAAUCAGAUACCAUAAGGAUGCACGUUUUCUGCAGCUGUUGCAGUUUUGGAGCCGGGUUUGUUUUUGACACAAGAUUUUUAAUGUGUAUAUAAAGAGCAGAGUGUAAUUGCUUAUUGAUGUGUUUAAAAUACAUAAAAUAUAUUUUUUUUAUUUUUUUCUUUUAUUAUUUUUAAAGAAAUAAAUAAUCAUUGCAAAGCAUAUUUCAGUAAGUGUUGGUUAUGGUAUGUGGACCCUUCUUCAGCAUAUGUCCCAUGUUCAUCAUAUUCCAAAAACAGACAAUUUAAAUACGAAUUGUUUCCGUUCUUUUUGUAAUCAUGUAUGCUCACUUCUAACAAAAAAUCAAGCUAAAAAUACAACAAAAAAAAAAAACAAAACAAUAAGCGUUUAUUUGCUUUGUUUUCGAUAGGAUGAAAAUGGGAGCACUAUGCUGAAGAUGGGUUCCGUUCCUCUACAAGCUUCAAUAUACCUUCCUUAUACUAUAGGCCGUAUAAGUUGCACAUGUACGAAGCGGUCAACCAGGUGAAAUGGUUUUAGUAUACGAUACAUAGGCACCAACUUAGGGGGGGACAUGCAUGAUUUCCGCCACACCCAAUAUUUGAUGUUUUUUUUUAAAUACAAAAUAAACAGCUCCUUGUUGCCCCACUCUCCACUACCCCAUUUAUUAAGCUGGCGUGCCUGGUGGGAUAAAUAUCCAUAAGAGACCCGAUACUUAUAUUUCAUAAACAAUUUUAUUUUCAGUGGAGCAAGGAAUCGACGACAUGCAAACUUUCGUUGAGCUGGACAACAACGACUUUUCACGUCUCAUGCUGCGUACCAAAGUUAUCAAGCUAAUUCAGCGUAUACAGAAGGAGCUUUAUGACGACAUGGUUAUUGAAGAAAGGCUUGAAGAAGAUGAUCACGAAAAUGGUGAAAGCAGUAAGGAAAGUGCCAAAAACGAUGAGGACGCAUUGGAGGGAAGUAACGACUUCAAAGGAAUCACUCUGGAAAAGGUAAAUAUGUGGCUAAUUAGGGGUUUUUCUAUAGAUUUUGCAUUAAAUUUAAAAGAAUACAAGAUAUAAGUAAAUUCUAUCAAACAUUGUCCAUUUUCAAUCCAUUCUUCCUUAUGCCUCUACAAUAGUUGAAUGAAAGUCUUUAGCUUCACGACUACUUCCUAAAAGCGUUGCUUAAUUUAUAAAUAACUCUAUAUUGGGACCCACGUAGCCAAAGCGGUAAACUUGCGGGUAUUCAGCAAAAUCUUGCUGACGGUGACGGGUUCGACCCCCUAUCCGUCCAGGAUCAUUUCGCACUGGAAAUUUCCUUGAGUUGAGUAAAAAAAGAAGACUCCUUUCGUUCUAUUGAUAACUCUGCGAAUACUUGUAUGUUCGCCAUUCUCUCAUAAGUCUAGUAAGAGUUUUUACUGAAGUGUAAUUAUAAAUGAGUACGAACUGUAUUUUUUUUAUGUAAUUAUUCAAAGUGCUCCUUACUUUAUAAUACCAUUGCGUCGAACUAUUUCAAGGUCAUCGAUAUAAAUCUCAUUUUCAAACGGUCUGCAAACGCUAAAGCAAUAAUUGAAAUGCUCAAAGAAGGACAAAAAGCGGACGACAAGUGCAUGAACGCCAUAAAAAACAUUUUGUGCGAGUUCCUACAGUCGGUUUAUGGAUUACGCCCAUCUGCAUUCCACAAAAACCUGCUGGCUCAAAGUCUUGUGCGGUCAUACCCAGCCUUGAAAUCGUCGAACCCGGAUGUUCCACAAGCACUAUGGUUCCACCCUAAUGCCCGUGGUAAAAAUCAUCACAGCGGCCGUUUGCAUUACCACAUGGAGUAUCUCGCCAGAAAAUCCGGCAUUCGUAUCGUAAAUCGGAGCAAAACCCAGGCUGAUGAGACCAACGGUGCAGAAGAAGCUGGUGGUGAUUCUGCUAACCCAGGAGAAGAACCUGAUAUGCAAGCAGUGGUACAGGAGCUGAAAUUCUUAUGUCCAGGGCCGAACACGAAACUUCGCGCUGAAGAGCUUUGGCAUCUCACGUUCAACGAACGCAAAGAAAUGCGCCAAAAAGGGACAUUUCAUUUGUAUCUCGAGACGUACCCUGCUGCUACUGCAUUCAACGGUUCUUUGAUUUCUCUGGAAUUUCGUUUGAUGCACCCAGCCGCUCCAGAUUAUGAUGAAAAACUCGCGCAUUUUCAACCGAAACUGUUGUUACGUUAUCAAGAUUUUUUCAAACAUGUCAAGAAUGACUUUAUUCGAACGCUGAUGAUAAUUCGUCAGAAGUGCCCGAGUCGUGGUGCCAAACGGGCUCGUGACGGCGACCCAGCGAAGGAGAACGUUCUCAAGGGAAUCGUGGAAUGGAUCAACCCGGAAGAUCAGUAUCCCGAUUCGAGCGACGUGCCAAUCCUUUAUGUCAAAGGUGAUUUUCUUGAGGCUGGUUCAAGUGCGGCUAUCAUUUGGAAGGGGAAUAAUGUUUUGCUGGAGCCGGAUCUGAAGCAUUGCUUCCGAAUACUUUGCGAAUCACAGGUUGUUUUCAACGCUGCCUGUACACCGACCGACAAACAGUUCUACGUAUUUGUGUUGAAUGUGUUUUUCGGAAUUGGGCAACUGACCACCACUGGAGAGCGGCUCCGACAAAGCAUCGAUUAGAAGGAUCUAUCCGGUCGACGCAGCUAUGGGAUGUGCUACUACAUCCGAUCUGCUAGAUGGCCUCAAUGCAACGAUAAAACAGUUCUAAAAUUUGUUCAAUGCUUUACAACUUUUGUAUCAUUCGUGAUUUUCUUUUUUUUUUAUUCUCAACUUUUGUCAACGUUUGCGAAUUAGUUAAGGCAAAAUAGAUGUUUGUUCGCUGUUUCCUUAUAUACAAUGAUAAAUAAAAAAGAGAGUACAUUUUCGUUUUACUACACUUAUUUAUUAAAACAAUUUAGAGGAAUGUUCCUGUGUAUACUCAUGAUUUUACUUUAAACGUCGGACUGUAACUGUAACGUUUUAUGUAAACUAAUCGUUGUCAGUUGAAGAAACCUGCGUUUUGAUAUGUUUUUGCUUAUCCUUAGAUCCUUAUACGAAUUAGAUUGAUUUAGAAACAGCUAAUAUAUGCGUUAGGAUUAUUAGCUUAUAAUAAUUUGUGUUAAAAGACAAUUAUUUCAGCUGUGGACUUAAUUUGGCCAUCUAAAUUCGCUAUUCGUUUUUUCUCUUAAAAUCAAAUUGCCAGAAAAAUUUUAUUAAAUCCCCGUAAAAUUAAUUUUGGUAUAUAACCGAAAUUCGUCUAAAAAACUACUGAGCCGUUCAGCUAUUGUAUCGUACUGUUUAUAAAAUUAUACUGAACGGAUUUCAAAAAAGUACCGAACUGUCGCCAUGCCAGUACAAUUGCUUCGGUACUUUUUGACAGUUCGGGAAUAUGCCGUUCGAAUAGUUUUGCUGAACGGUUUGCAAAAAAAAUACUGAACUGUCGGCAAUCUAAAGCAAUUGCUACGGUAAUUUUUGACAGUUUGCUAGAGUGGUUUAAUUACCGAACUUUCAGCAUGUUUAUAUAUUACCGAAACAAUCACCGAACGUUCAGCUGUUCUAUUUUCGUCAAAAAAUAUACUGUAUACGGUAAAAAAAUCUAAGUGUGUACACUUGCUCAGAUGUAAUUCACCAUUUGCUCUAGAUUAAAUUUGAAUCAACUCAUAAUUUCCGCCCUCUGAUGGGAUUCGACCGAAUAGAAACAACAACGAUGAACUCCCAUUGAGAGAUUUAUAUCAUGAGCUCUUCUCCUUGGGAAGAGAAAAAUAUGUUGCCGGGCUUCCUGUUGCUUUUUUUUAAUUCGUUAUUUUAUUUUGUGAUAUGAGAAGAAAUUUCACCAAAUGCUUAAGGUUGAAGAAGUCGUCAUUAAUAUCAUCGUCUUCAUUGACAUUUCGAUAGCAGUUUUCUCGUUCAAAACUUAUAUUUGUGUAAUGAAAAUGUAUUCAUAUUCCAGAUGGAGAAUGGAAUACAAAAAAUACAUUUUCAUUCCAAACAGUUUGAGAAAAUUGUUUUCGUAAUAUUAAUGAUGACGAGAUCAUAUGACGAAUUCUUCAACCUUAAAAGUGCAAGCUUUCAAUGUAUUUUAUUCGCUUAAGUUGUGUCAUAAAUAAAGUUAAUAAAAAGUCGAUUUUGGCAUCGGCCAAACUAGAUGGAUCACUCCAAUUUUAAAGUAAUGUAAUAGAUGGCCAAACAACGAGAAUAAACUUUUCUGAAGACACUGUUUACCUAAAACUAGUAAACGUUUAGGUAUAAGUAUUUUUGUUUUCGUAAACAUGGCUCUAAUACCAUUGUGCAAGGAUGGUAUCGCAGCUGAAGUCUUCAAGAUGGGCCCAGAAAAGUUAGCCACCUGUCUGCAUCGGCUAAUAGUCAGGAUCUGGGAAACCGAACAUUUACCCCAUUUACAAGAAAGGCGACCAUUUGGAAUGUUAGAUCUUCAGGGCGAUCACUAUUUUGAAUGCUGCCUACAAAGUGCUAUCCCAGAUCAUCUUCCGUCGUCUGUCACCUAAAACGAAUCAAGCCGGCUUCAUCGACGGCCGGUCGACAACGGAUCAGAUCUUCAUCGUACGGCAAAUCCUCCAGAAAUGCCGUGAAUAUCAGGUUCCAACGCAUCACCUGUUCAUCGACUUCAAAGCGGCAUACGACAGUAUCGACCGCGCAGAGCUAUGGAGAAUCAUGGACGAAAACGGCUUUCCUGGGAAGCUGAUUAAACUGAUUAAAGCAACGAUGGACGGUGUGCAAAACUGCGUAAGGGUUUCGGGUGAACUAUCCAGUUCAUUCGAAUCUCUCCGGGGACUGCGACAAGGUGACGGACUCUCAUGCCUACUCUUCAACAUCGCUCUGGAAGGUGUGAUGCGACGAGCCGGGCUCAACAGCCGGGGAACGAUUUUCACAAAAUCCGGUCAAUUUGUGUGCUUUGCGGACGACAUGGACAUUAUCGCUAGAACAUUUGGAACGGUGGUAGAACACAGUAUAUACCCGACUAGAAAAAUAUAUCAAGUUUAUAACACAUUGUGUUAUGAUGAUAUGAAUUUUUUCUAUAACAUAUUUUGUUAUAAACUAGAUGCAGGAGGAUGCAGGAUGAUGUUAAAAUAACUAAAACUGUAACAAAAAGUACAUCGGUCUAAUCAAAAUAAUAACCUAUUUUGUUAUAAUCAGAAUAAAAUCAUAACAUAAUACGAUAUAAAUAUUAGCUUCAAGAAAUCUAGUUUCUAUCAUAUUUUGAUACAAUUGUGUAAAAUGAUGUUCUAAAUGUCAAAGAAUCAGAACUAAAUUAUUUCACAAUGAGUCAUUGAACAACAUUUAUAACAUAAUAUGAUACAAUUGAGUUAUAAUAUUUUUAAACACCAAUGAUGUUAAACAUGUUUAUAUCACAAUGAGUUAUACAUAUCAUGGUUUGUUAUAAUUAUGUUAUAUUUUUGUUAGAAUCUUCUAGUCGGGUAGUUUGGCAAAUACGAUGAUACUCCUUGGUCCAGAAAGUCAAGAAUUUCGCAAACCUUGUCACUAUUGGAGGAAAUAUUGAAGAAGUCUCAGGUGAAACACUGAUAGAAAUUUCCAGUGAAGCUCUGUGAUGAGUUCUGAGAAAAAAUCGCAGAAUAUUUCUCUGGACCACAUUCCAGGAACUCCCACGGAGAAAUUCUGUUGGAAGAAAUCCAGGACUGUAACUCCUAUAGAGAUCCAGGAACAAACCCUGGAAGAAAUCCCGUGAAAACCAUUCGAGACAUCCCCUUAAAAACACUGAAAUGAGUUCCAAAAACCCUUUGAAAAAAUCCCCGAAGUAACUCCGAAAAAGCCCCAUUAGAAACACCGGUUGAUUUCUCGUGAAGAGUUCUGGUAACAGAUCCAUCCUCAAAAACAAAUUUCAUGAUGAAAGCUUGGAAAGAACUGAUGAAGAAAAAAAACUCCGAACUCCGAAUCUCCAGGAAAAUUCCCGGGAUAAAUUCAAGAAGGAACUCCGGAGAAAUCCCAGGAGGAAUGCUGUAUUCUCCACAAAUUUAUUCUAAGAUCCCACUAAGAUUUCCAUCUGUGUCUCCUCAGAGAGCUCCAUCGGCGAUUCUUUUUGAGGUUUCUUUCAGAAGUUUCCUCUGGGUCCCUUCUGAUAUUCCUAAAAGGUUUCAUCUGAGGCUUUUCCAGUAACUCCUUCCAGGAUUUCUUAACAGUUUGCUUCUAGGCCUUCAAGGAAUUUCGGGAAUCAUACAGGAUACAGAUUCUCCUGAUAGUUUCUUUUGGAAUGUCUUCAGAAGAUUUUAUUUUUGACUUCUAGAAGGUAUUCCUGGAAAAAUUACGCCCGAGAUGUCUCCCGAAUUUCUUCCAGGAGUUCUUUCGGGGAGUGCUUCAGGAAUUCCUUCAACGAUUUCUUUAGAAACUGCAAAAACUCCGUCAGGGAUUCCUUCCAGGAAUCGUACAAGAACUUGUUUUAGUAUUCCUCCCAAUACUGCUAUGGAACUAUAGGCCCCCAUCCAUUUGGUUCCCUGUGCAAUGUUGACCGUUCUGGUCAGUAACGGAGUAGCAACUACGAAUUGUACGGUCAUCUCAUGCUCAUGCUCAUGCUUCCCAAUACUGCUAUGGGACUCCUCCAAGAACUUCUUUUGGGGUUCUUUCAGGAACUACUCAUAGGAUUGCUUCAUGAAUUCUUUCCGAGACGCCUACAGUAAUUCCAUAGGGAAUUCUUUCCGGGAACUUCUUCCGGAAUUCCUCUUGAAACUUCCUCCGGGAUUUUUCCGUUUGGAAUUUGUGCAGAUCCUUCUGAAAUUCUUCCGGAAGUUCGUUCUGAAAUUCUUUCAGAUGUAAUGGAAAUCAUCCAGAAGUUGAUUGGGGAAAUCCUCCAGGAGUAUUCCUCAUAAAUUGCCUUCAGGGUUUCCUUGAUGAAAUACUCCAACAAGUUCCAUCUGGUUUUCCUCCGACAGUUCUUGCGGGGAUUCCAUUUUUACAGAAAAACUUUCUAGCAGUGGAAAAAACUUCUGAGUAGAUUCCAAGAGAUGCUAUUAGGAGAAUUCCUGAUGGAAUCCCGGAACUCUUUGAGAAAUCUCGGAAAUAAUCCCUUGGAGUCCCAGAAGAAAACCUUGAAGAAAUGCCUGGAGGAAUCUCAGAUAAAACCUUUUAGGAAUCCCAGAAGAAACUCCUGGAAUGAUCCCAGAGAGAAGUUCUGAAGGAACUACAAAAAGAAGCUCAGACAGAACUCCCUGAGAAAUCAUAGAAGAAAAUCCCAGAUGAAAUUAGUGGCGAAACCACGGAAGGAAUUCCUGUAAGAAUUGCAGGAAAAAACGCUGGAGUAAUCUUAGAAGGAAUAAUACUGGAGGAAACCCGGCGUUAAUUUCUAGUGGAAUUUCGGAAGAUAUUUUAAAGAAAUCCGGGAACUCUUGAUUUAAUUUCAGAAGGUACUCCUUGAGAAACCCCGGAAAGAUUGUCUGAAAGAAUACCACGAGUUCUUCCUGGAGGAACCCUAGACGAAACCUCUGGGAAUCUCAGAAUAAACAAAUUUGUGGAGACACUGCGAAGGAUUUGGAUAGAAUUUCUGUGAAAUCCCAGAAGGACUUCCUGGAGAAGUGCCAUCGUGCCAUCAUCCAGUCAGCACACUUGUCCAGGCACGCGUACCCCACAUUAUAUAUUAAAUCAAAUCACAUUUAAAUAAAAGGCUGGAGAAAUGUUUCUAAGUCUGAAUCGUAAACAAUAACGUCACGAAACAUCAAAAGCAACCGCGGUGUGUAGUGCCCUAUAGGGCACUGCACUGUUUUGAUUUUGUAUGGGAUUUUGACGUUUCGUGGCCUUGUUGUUUACAAAAUUUCUGUAAGAGUGAAAGAGAAGGAGAUAAUUUCAUGCACUGCCCUAUGG